AUGUACACACAAUUAUUCCACCUAAUUCAAAGUUCUUUUAUGAUGCUUUAAUAGUUGCUCUGCAAUCACCGCUCCUCUCUCUUUUCUUGGUUCAGAAAUCUCUGUUGCAUCCAAUGCCAUAAGCAGAAAUAAGAAACUAGAGUUUUAGCUACUGGUUCACUUAAUUCUCCCCAAAUAUUUCUGUUGAGCUCAAUUCAAAGAUCUAUCAAAACCCUUCAUUCAUUCAUUCAUUUCAUGCCAAGAACGGGAAAGUUUUUUUCGUAAAAACUAUUAACUGAGAUUUGUAAAGAAAUGGCAGGUCGUAGAGAUAAAGUCCCAUCAAUUCGCGGAUCUCGAAUAGCCGUAGCCAUUUUGAUCGGAGUUCUUUUCGGAUGCGUCUUCGCUUUCUUGUUUCCUCAAGGUUUCUUCAGCUCCCAUCCACCCAUCCAAAAUCAUCGAACAGUCAAAUCCAAUUUACAGAGCGGAUCUUCUUGUGAGUCACCAGAGCGGGUUAACAUGCUGAAGUCAGAUAUAGCAUCACUAACUGAUAGGAAUGUUGAGUUGAAGAAGCAGGUCAGGGUGCUUACUGAAAAGCUACGGUUGGCUGAACAAGGUAAAGAUCAUGCACAAAAGCAGGUAAUGGUAUUGGGUGAACAACACAAAGCUGGGCCUUUUGGAACAGUUAGGGCUUUGAGAACUAAUCCGACUGUUAUUCCUGAUGAAUCUGUGAAUCCAAGAUUGACAAAGAUCUUGGAGGAAGUUGCUGUUGGAAAAGAACUUAUAGUUGCACUUGCAAAUUCAAAUGUGAAGACUAUGUUAGAAGUCUGGUUCAGCAACAUUAAGAAAGCAGGUAUUAUUAAUUACCUAGUUGUAGCAUUAGAUGAGCAUAUUGCAGAAUUCUGCAAAACAAAUGACGUUCCAGUGUAUAAGAGAGAUCCAGAUGAGGGUAUUGAUUCAGUUGCUAGGACAGGAGGUAACCAUGCUGUCUCUGGACUGAAGUUCCGUAUCUUGAGGGAGUUUCUGCAGCUUGGUUACAGUGUUCUUCUCUCUGAUGUUGAUAUAGUUUACUUGCAGAACCCUUUUGAUUAUCUUUAUCGGGACUCAGAUGUGGAGUCUAUGUCUGAUGGUCACAAUAAUAUGACAGCAUAUGGCUAUAAUGAUGUCUUUGAUGAACCAUCCAUGGGGUGGGCACGAUAUGCUCAUACAAUGAGGAUAUGGGUCUACAACUCUGGUUUCUUUUAUAUAAGACCUACAAUACCUUCAAUUGAGCUUUUGGAUCGUGUAGCUGAACGACUGUCUAAGGGAAAGGCAUGGGACCAAGCAGUUUUUAAUGAAGAGCUUUUUUUCCCUUCACAUCCCGGUUAUACUGGGCUUCAUGCUUCGAAGAGAACUAUGGAUUACUAUCUAUUCAUGAAUAGCAAGGUCCUCUUCAAGACAGUGAGGAGAGAUGAUAAACUGAAAAAGUUGAAGCCAGUAAUCAUUCAUGUAAAUUACCAUCCUGAUAAAUUGCCAAGAAUGCAAGCAAUUGUAGAAUACUAUGUGAAUGGCAAGCAAGAUGCACUAGACGCUUUUCCAGAUGGUUCUGAAUGAUAGAAUUAGAGCUAAGAUCCAGCUAUUGUCAGCUAAAGAAUUAUACUGCUAGUUCAAAUUUAUUUUACUUCUGUAAGCAAUCUGAGAUAUUUUCUUGGUCACUUUCCCUGGUUGUUCCUCUGAAGUUUUCUUUUGUAUUCGACUUGGGUUAUUUUCUCUAAUUGAGGAUGUUGUUGUCUUUCAUCA